AUGGCGUCCGUUCCACCCGAGUGUAUUUGUAACAAUGCAUCGAUCAGCAAUUCUGCAUCACAUGGCUCUGCAGCAAGCACUGAAUUCCAGACAGUGAGGGAUAGUUUCUCCGCUAUGAAGUUACAACAAACAAAUCUACGAGAAAGUGAAACGUCUAAGGGCGUCGUAGAUAAUGAAGACUUAGAGAAACGUGGUAGAAAUUCGAGCGAUCUCACACCUGGGGAUGUGGUAAGGGAAUUUAGCCAGUAUUCGCAACGAGUAAGACGGAAUUCAUUUCCCUCUUUAGAACUUGUUGCCGUGGACAUUCAAUACAGCGUUCCCACUAAGACGAAUUCCGCACCGCGCAGACACUCAAGGGGCCACAUUCAGGAUGCUGUGGGAAGUGGAUUACAUUGUAUCAAUGAAAUUCCCGAGAGAAGCGGUUGGAGGGCGCCGAAUUCUACGCGGGUUUCGGGUAGCUCAAACUUGGUCCAGCAAAGAAGAUUUUCAACGGGAGCACAACGAAAUAUGACACAUCAAAACGCUCCUUCUAAACUGUUUGCCAAGCACCGAAGUGCAUCCUUAACAUCGACCCGUGAAAAGCAAUCUUCUUGGCGGGUAAAGCUUCAUCACUGGUCCAUAGAUCUUGAUGAGGACGAUGAUAAUUCAGGGCUGCAGGGUGGUCAAACCCGCCGGCGUACCAGCCUGCCGAACAUUUCCAAUUUUACCCACCAAACUGCAAAUGGACCAUAUAAUGCACUCCCUAAAAUUGAUCGAACAAAUUCCCUUGUCGGAGCAUUGCAAGAAAAAAAUGUAACACAUCACAAAAGUAAACGCUGA